AUGAAGGCGGGGCAUGCACUGUUGGUACGCGCCAUCCCCCUCAUUCGCCCCGUCAAAGUGGAUUCUGGUACCAAGAAGGUACCAGCCACAUUGCUCAACGACGUAACGAUGCUGUCCACAGUGACAAACGAUGCCUUUUCAAAACAGUGCCAAGCAGUGCUCCAAAGCAUCUCAAAGAACAAACUGUACUCAAGUCGCUUCUGGGUGACCCAGCCGCAAUCGAGGCGCUCGUGCAACGCUGUAGUUCUUCCGGGGCAGAAGCCAGCGGUGAUUUACCUAAACGUUGAAAAGGUAAUCCCUUUGAAGGUGCUCGCUAAGAAGGACCAGAGGCAGGUGCUCGAUGAGCAUCCACCGUUCUUCGGCACCGGCGUCGGCAUUCUGUCAGAGCGGAAGAAGUGGAAAGCCGUUACGGCGGACCGACUAAUCCGGCUUCUGAAUGCAGCAGAGGAAGAGCGCGCUCUGUUUAUUGAUGUGAAUGUAGCCAAGGAACUCGAGUUGAGGUACAACAAAAAAGACGUGAUCGACAUCCGCUCCGCGAGCUCGGUGCAUGUCUUCAACUCUGACCAGCUUGACGACCCAUACAAGGGGGAGCCUCAGAAAGGCGUGGCACUAAACGCAGCGACCGGGAAACGGGUCGGUCAGCCUGCGCACGAUAUUCUUCUUGGAGUCGGCAUUCUUCGCGGUUACACGUCACCGAUGUGGAUCGCAGAGGCGCAGAUGAAGUACCUAAAUGUAGAACUCAAGGCAAACGCGGAGAAGCAGGGAGUGUUGGCGCCAAACAUGACAGGGAUGAUUGUUUCUCUUUCGGUUUUGCCGCCAAAGUGCAAGCAAGAGUUGCUCAGCGAGCUCAAGAAGCAGCGUCCAGACGCUUUUGGCCACGACAUUUUCUUCAUCUACAACGUGAACGGGUGGGAAGCGACGCGGUCGCGUGUGCUUGUGCGGAACAUGGCUGCUGUGAACGAUAAGGAAUACCCUUUCCACUUUGUGAAUCUGAAGGAUCUCAGACUGCAGAAGCCACAGUACUCAUCGGUCGUGACCCGUUUGACGGGCUGCAAGACUCCUCUCUGCGCGUCUGCUGUCGAAACCGCCGCUCUUGCUGGUACCAAAUCGAAGGAAGGGAAUGAAAAGGAUGCCCUAGUGGUUCAAGGGAAAAAGUUUCCGUUCUUCUUCGCUGAGGACGCGACACGCCGUCGCUACUACAAUGCUGCCUGCAUGACGAAGCCGUACCUGAUGAUGCCGUCUGUGCGUCCCAUCGCCAUCCUUAAAGGGCGGCUUCUUGGGCCCAGGGACGAGAGCAUUCUUCGCACGUUUGCGCUGAAGAACAAGGUAUCCAGUCCCAUCUGGGUAACGGAGGCCGCGGCGGAGCGUAUGGGAGUGCGUAUCGCUGCGGCGCGCAAGAAGCACUACGUUCUCAUCGGCGCUGCCGCGGCAGAUGCAAAUCCCGACGAGGAGGCCGUAGAUGGCUUUUACAACAUCGACGAUUUUGCCAAGCCAGAGGAGAUCCUAUCCUUGUUCCCGAAAGCAAGCAAGAAAGUGCACUUCAUGCUGGAUACUAAGUGGCGCGCCGUGCUGGGCAAACAGCGGCAAGACUACCUUUCUUCGCUAAAGCGCAACGUACCUCUGUGGGUCUCGGUGAACGAGUGUCUAAUGUCCGGCUUUGAGCCGAGGCCAGGGUCUAAACUCCUUUCGUUUCCUACUAGCCGCAAGCGCGACAAGACGGGCACACGGGUCUACAACUCUCAGCACACCACCGACCCGGUGCGCGUGAUCGGUCUCUCCUCGGUGUACACGCGACCACAGGGGCUGACAAUGUAA